ACUGUUUCUAAUAUUUUACAUUUAUUUAAUCAGGGUUUAAAGCCGUAUUCGCCAUAUCAGGCUACAGGGUACAGACUUCUGUUCUUUUUAAGCAAAGGUCACUAUGCAGAAAGUGAUAUAUAUUGGGCUCAUGCACCUUUGAGCAAAGAAGAAAGAUGUGAUAUUGCUUUAGUAACAGAUAAGCAUGUGUUUUUACUUGAAAAGUGUCGAUUUUGGGGAGGUUGGGACAUAGAAUGGGUUGUACGAAUAGAUGACAUUAUGUCAGUUCCAAUUUUAUCAGGGAAAAAACUUGUCAUAAAAAUAAGACAGGACGAUUCUUUUGCAGUCUUUACAGGAAAUGAAAGAUACAUACAAAGUUGUGAUAUUAAAGUUCUCGAAUGGUUAAAGAUGAAAAUUGAAAAAGUACUUUUGGUUAACAUGGAAGAUAAGCCAUGUGCUACAGAUGUAUAGUAAAUAUUGCCUAACUGUAUAUUUUGCUCAUCUAUUGUCUUCAUUGAUUGAUUCCUAAUCAUAAUUCAAAAGAAACAUUAAAAAGAAAGAUUUUUUUAUUAGAAAUUAAGACUUGAUAUAACAUAUAUUUUAAGAUAAAGAUGGAAUUGCAAUCACCUUUAUCUUGAAAACAGAAUUUUUUGUGUACAUAAAAAUAGAAGCUAUAAACAAUAUCUAAUGUCAUGAUUAUAGAACAUUAUAUAGAAAAUAUAUUUUAUCUAGUAUAAUAUUGUAAUACGGGACAUCUCUUAAAAUUGAUUUUCAGUUUCUGAUAAAAUUUAAAUUUUCCAUUAUGUUGUGUUAUUUGUCAUAUUAAAACAACUUCUACAAUUUGGAUUUGGAUUGUACUCGUUAAAAUAGUAUAGAAUUGUGUUUAAAUGUACAUACACUUCUUAAUAAUUAUCAAAACUUACAUCAAUACUAUGCAUAAAGUUAGAUGCUUUGUUUAUGUAUAAAGUAAUUUACAUUAAUAUUAUAAUAAAUAUUUUAAAUUUAUAUCUGUAUAAAUUUCAUUAAAUAGCUAUUGUUUAAAAUCAUUUCACAUAUAAACAAUAUUUAGAAAAACUUAUUUUAUAAAUUUCGCAAUCAAGACAACAAAUCUUGAUUGUAAAAAUAGCAUUUAAAUAUUUAUUCAUUUUUAAUAUUUAAAUGUAAAAUUAUCUUCCUUAUU